UGGAGCCCGGCCGGCCGUAUAAAUGGCGGGCACGGCGCGGGGAGAUUCUAGCUGUCAUACAAGCCGGGAACCGGAGCCACAGCAAGCUCAGCAAAGCCCAUGACCGCAUAGAUAGAUAGAUAGCGUAGCCACGGCCAUCAAAUAGUAUUAAUCCGAGUGGCUAAUUAACUAGCAAUAGGGAUUAGCCAGUUGAAGGAGUGAUAGUAUAUAGGGAGGGAGGGAGCUGCAUGGCCAUGGACGCGAUGAGCAGCGCGGUGUUGCAGGGGGCGUGGAGGAAGGGCCCCUGGACGGCGCUGGAGGACCGGCUGCUGACCGAGUACGUGCAGCAGCAGGGCGAGGGCAGCUGGAACUCCGUCGCCAAGCUCACCGGGCUGCGGCGGAGCGGCAAGAGCUGCCGGCUGCGGUGGGUGAACUACCUCCGGCCGGACCUGAAGCGGGGCAAGAUCACCGCCGACGAGGAGACCGUCAUCCUCCAGCUCCACGCCAUGCUCGGCAACAGGUGGUCGGCGAUCGCGCGGUGCCUGCCGGGGAGGACGGACAACGAGAUCAAGAACUACUGGCGGACGCACUUCAAGAAGGCGCGGCCGUCCAGGCGGGCCAGGGCGCAGCUGCUGCACCAGUACCAGCUCCAGCAGCAGCAGCAGCACCGCCAGUACCUCCACGCCCUGCACCUCCUCCAGCAGCAGCAGCAGGAGAUGCAGAUGCAGCUACAGGAGAACCAGCAGCAGCAGCAGCAGCAGCAACAGGUGAUGAUGAUGGCGCAGCAGAGCCCGCCGGAGGAGGACCAGGCUGUGAUCACCACCGUCGGCAACAUGAACAGCAUGGAGACUGCGGAGUGCUACUGCCCGUGCCCGGCGGCGUCGGCGGUGCUCGACCUUCCGCUCCCGGCCGACGACGAGGACGCGCUGUGGGACAGCCUCUGGCGGCUCGUCGACGGGGAGGACGGCUCCAGCGGAGGCGACUCAGGCGAGUACUAGGCUACUGCAUGUGCUAAUACUACUACGGCAAUGUGCAUGUGUCCCAUUGUAAAGAAAGAAAGAAAGGAAGGAGAGGUAAUACAAUACUGCCUGCAGGUUAAUUUCAGUACUACUGGCCGCAGGGAUAUCAUCCCGGCGGUGAUAGCUAGGAAGGACCAUGCAUGCAUGAUCACGCACGCAUGCCAAUAGUUCUUCAUGCAUGUCUCGUGUACAUGUUUACCCUUUUACCCAUGACCAUGAGCCAUGAUGAUGAGCCCAUGAUCAGGUGCACUGUACCAGCCUCUUCAGUUAGCAUGUCAACAAAGCUAGCUUGUAAAUUGCAGCAGCAAUAGCAUCAUGUAAUUUUGGUCUCGCUUCUCAGUGAAUCAAGUACAUUUUCCUCAGUUCAUGAACGAGCAGUGCAGCAGAUCCAUACCCACUUGGCAAUACUUUAUGCACCUUGUAGCUAAUUCGCUGUACAAAAUGGCCUAGCACACGUAUCAUCACAAUUGGUUAUUAUGAUCCAAGCAUCUUUUAUCCUUUGUAUAAUGGGAGGACAGGAACUUGACCGAGUUGCUCAACUCACCAUAUGAAUUCAGUUACAUAGUGACUGAAACCACGGGCUAUCUAAUCUGAGUAACAAAAUCAGUUUGUAGCUAAUACAAACAUCAACGAGGUUUGGCAGGAGUUUGAGGGGUGAGUUGGCUGACUUAUGGCAGCAACUGCAAGAUGAUGAUUGUAGGGAUAUCACCAUGGCUGCUGAUGGGGCUUAAUUCUUCUGGUCAGAUUACAGUCAAGUACACGACGAUAACUAGCUAGUGAUGGAAGCCUUACAAGGUUAAUUGGUGUCCUUUCAGGCUACCCUGGUUCCUAAAAGUGCCUUUAAAAAUUAAAGUUUUUCUUCGGUUAAUGUUCAAGAAUAAGUAGUAAUUUGACUGAAGAUAACCUACAUAAGAGAGGCUGGAGUGGUAGUGAGAAGUGCAGUUUCUGUGACUACGCGGAAGAUAUAGAUCACUUGCAAGUUCAUUUGUUGGAUCAUGAACUAUGUUCUUGGAUUUUCAUUUUCUCUGGGAAGUUUAGGGGCUAAAACUACUCUGCGGACGACGGCCGACAGCACGAACUGUGGACGAUGGAGGAAUUAACGGUGCUAUCCAGUUUUUCUCUAUGCAUGGACGGCUUGAUCUGCUGUGUCGUCUGAAAAUCGUUGAGGUCGUGUGUGUAGCAGCGUUCCUGGGUUUAUGUUCUGUUCAUUGGUUCUUUUUGCACAGGGGCUUGAGACUCAUAUGGGACGCUGCUGUAUUAUCAAUUUCAUGAGAAAUGAAAUUGGCAAACUCUGCUCCUCAAUUUGAAAACAAAAAAAAAAACAU